GACAAUAGUAAUAGGUAUAAAUUUUUACUUGGAAAGUACUAAAUAAAAGUGAAAAUUAUAUUUCGAAAGUAAAACGUACAACGAAAAGCUCCCCCACCCCCUUUUUUAAUAGUAACUUGGCGAUACCUUUAAAGUGAAGACCUUUUAGCCAUAUCGUCGUCAUCCCCCUCUCAUUCGGUUGGUGUUGUUGUCCCCUUAAACUGUGAACACCGCGCGCAAAUGUUUAUAUUAUAGAGAGUACCGAAGAGUACUUUGUGCAUAUUCGACUGAAUAAUCAUUGCAAAAAGGAGUUUUUUCGACUAGAACGGCUUCGUCGUCGUCGUCAUAUCGUUCGUUACGUAUCGUAUCGGAUUGCAGAAUAGAUACCACCUCUUACACAGCACGUACAACGACGUAUAGAGUGUGUGCAACUACUAUAUACGGUUUAAAAAAACGGUAUCCGAAUGAACAAGUGAAUUAGUGCGCUCAGGUGUGAUUACAGCAUUAAAUCCGCUUGUACCUUCUGCUUGGCUCUGGUGGAAGGUACGUACGCGUUACCUAUUCUCGGUAUCCGUGUGCUUCUGCUUGGUGUUUAUUUCAGUCUUGUUGAUGUUGUUGUUUUUUUUUUUUUUUUUUGCUAUAGUGUUUUCAUUUUCUUAAAGCUGUUUACCUUCUAAAGCGUUUGAAGUGUAAGCCGUGGUCUUGACGAGAUUUUUGAACUUUUUUUUACUUUAUUUUGGAGUGCAGUUUUGCAAGACUAUCUACCUACAAAAAAAAACAGAUAGUUAGAACGUUGUUGUCGUACCUACCAACGACUGCGUGGGAUUGUGGUUAAAGCGUACGAAAGGGGGUGGUUUUUUAAAGAAGGGUUUUGUUCGUCAAAAGCUAAGCCUGUUUUAAGUGGCAUCUUCUCUCGUUCUGGUCGUUGAGAUUAAAUGGAUACAAAAAAGGAGACGAUUUGUCUUCAAGUAACUCUUUUAUAAUCUAACAAGUAAAAAAAAAUAAAAGUAAUAAUGGCACACCCACACAGCUGCCUGUGAAGCAAAAGGAAGAAAAAAAGAAGACUUUGGAGCUCCUCUACAAGGAUACCUCAUGCUCUGGUGAGCGCACGAAAUGUGCUGCUUCUACAAAACGCCACUAAAAUGGACUGUGAUACUAUCAUCAAUUAUCUUUGCUCUAUGUCGAAUAGGUCACGUGCUAGCAAUACGAAAAGGGCGGCUAAUGUGCCCCAGCUCGUUCAUAGCUCUAAGUGGAGAUUUACAUGUACAAUUGCAAUAUACGAGCAUCACGGAAUAUGUGAAUCGAACGACGACGACGAAUGCCACGCAACCGACUACUACCUCGACAACACCAUCAUUAACCACUACCACCAGAACCACCACAGUUGUGAUGGAGGAGCAGGAUAAUGCGCUAACGAACCUUGUCAUUAGCAUAAUGACAAAAAAUGGAGCCGAGACCGUAAGCAAUAUAACUCUCUACCCCGACCCGAGAAACAAUGUUACACAAAUCUCGGUACCAUGUCAGACAUUCUAUCGGGGUGGUGAAUACACCCUUCAAGUUAUAUCACAAACAACCAGUAGUUCUUCCAUCGUUGAUGAUGAACGCUUGAAACAACAAUUAGACGUCCGAUGGCCUAUAGCCAACAUGCAAGUCACUCCUAAACGACUCGUCACUUAUCCGGAGAUUCCGGUCCAAGUCAAACUAACCUUCGACCAGGUACAAUGUGACCUUACUUCCACCAACAUGAUGACUCUGAUGAAUCUACCCGAGUUUUGGUUGGAAUUAAUUUACUGUGGCAAAGAUUUAACCUGUGCCAGUCAUCAUAAUGACUCCAAAAGUAAUAUCCUGUAUGCGGAGGAGAUUCGAGGCUUUCCCAAACACAAACUAAUUAAGUUGCGUUGUGAGCUUUUCGGAUUAGCCGGCAAUUAUGCGGUCCGGCUGCGGCCAAUACCCCCGACCCCUGCUGACAUAACCACCGUACAAUACAUCAGUGUUGAUUGGAGUAACAAGUUCGUGUUCAACGUCUAUGCUAGGAGUAUAUUUCCUUGUGACCCGCACACAGGUAUCGGAGUACUUUAUGAAUACCCAGCAUGCAUCCUGGAACAGGGCGACCGGGUGCGGUUAUUUGCUAAGCUGCGUGCCGAUGUGGCAUCAUUGAAACCACCCACUUCCUUGCACUACGUUGCCGAGCAGCGUGUGGUCAAGAGUCAGUAUUCGCUGUAUUUUAAUUGCGAACUUUUUUCAGAAAAAUACGUCGAAUACUGUUUCGUGUAUGUUAGUCAGGGUAUUUCGGGGGCUGUUGCCGAUGUUCGAAUGGACUGCGUGCCAACGUUGCCAGUUAAAGAAUCGGAUACUGGCGGCUGGGGACCGUGGAGUGACUGGACGGCAUGCUCGACUAAUUGUUUGGGGGGCACUCGAAAUCGGUAUCGAUUCUGUGAUUCGCCACCACCGAGAUAUGGAGCAAAGUUUUGCGAGGGUCCUUCGGUUGAAACGGAAAAAUGUGGGAAAUCUAUAGCAGACACUUGGGAUUGUAUCUACGAAUCAACAGGAAAAUCCUCAACAGCAAAUCGCACUGAUGUCUCACAGGAAAUCGGUCCUGGUUGCCGGUGUGGCUGCAUAGUUCAUCUGGGAUCGUCAAAGCCAAAGCGUAUUAUUGCUGGAGCAACACAGAGCUGUCCUGGGCGUUCAUUUUGGUUAAUUCAAGUUGAUGGUGACGAUACAAUUUCAUUCGAUAUAAGUUUCCUCCGCCUGCCAUGCGUUAGCCAAUACAUAAAGAUCCGAGAUGGACCAUCUUUAUCUUCAGCACUUUUAACUGAAUUAAUAAGCAAUGAUGAUAUAACACAAUCAACAUGGGAAUCAACAGGUCAACAUAUUUUAGUUGAAUUUUAUUCUGGAGAUAGUAAUCUAAUUGAAGCAUCAUGUACAGGAGGAUUUCUAGCAAAUAUCGAACAGAUACAACCAACAAAUCAAACAAAUAAAAUUGUUAUACGAAGUCGAGCUGUGAUCCAGGCUAAAAUGAAAACUAAUUUUACCCUAGUACAUUUGUCAGCUGUUAUAUUUGCAAGCAUUAUCAUUUUAAUAAGUGCACUUUUGGGAGCCCAAUAUAUUGUGCGAUAUAGGAAAUAUCAUCUGGCUAUAAGUGAAAGACAUGAUCAUACAUCCCCCGUACACACUCCCAUGACUUCCAUGGGAUCACUUCAUAAUCCACCUUCUAGAGCAGUUUCGACAACAACACUUCUGUCAGAAGUGAUAUAUUUGGUAAAAAUUCGACCUAAAAGACAAUUGAGACAUUCAAUUCUGAGAGAAAGUAUAGAUGCUGAAAAUUUAGCUAAAGAAACCGAAAUGAAUGAUACCGAAUUACUGACGAAAUGUGAUGAAAUGGGUAGCAAUUCAAGCAUAGUGACAUUACGUAACGAGAUCAAUACUGAAGACAGUCUGACAACAAAUAGCCCCGAGGAUCAGAAGGACUCAGCAUCAAUGUUAUCAGGAGUGAGUUCAUCUGCUAGCACAUCCUUACGCCUUAGUAAACAUUCCAAAUAUCCCGACAGGCGGGACGAUGGAACGUUAAAAAGAAAAAGCAGCCUUUCACCAAACGAUGACUCCAUUGAGUGUUCAUCAAUACGAUCGCAUUCAGUCCGAGACAGCAGUGAUCGAUUUAGUCAACUAGAUACAAAAAGUAUAUCAGCAUCAUUGACGAAUGGAUGUUAUUCGCCAGCAGCAAGUAUAGUAAGUAGAGCAACAAUUCGUACAACCAAUCCAAAAGAAAGCAAAGAAAAACAAAAUCGUCGGAAACUACUUGCCCGACCUGGAUCAGAAUUUUCUUUGGGCAAUCCAGAAGAUUUUGAACUAGAUUAUUAUGAUUAUGAUGUUAUUAAUGCUGGAGCAGCGCCGGGUUCUUAUCUUGGCAUGGAUCCGGCAUACUUAGUGUGGAUUCCUCCAAUGGAUGAGGAAACGAAUAUAGAUGAAGCAAAUAAAACACCUGAACCUAUUUAUGAGGAAAUUCUUCCACGAUCCAAUACAACUCUUAGUCCGGGAAGUAAUACUGAAACACCCGAAUUUGAACAAAGUCAAAGUAGUAGUCUAGCUAAAGUAAUUCGAUCACCCUCCGAGACAAAUAUGAAAAAUGUUCUUAUCCAGAAAUCAAUAGCUGCUGCAGCAUCAGUUUCUCAUGAAGGUACACCAAUUUUGGGUGUACGAAGAAAUCGAUCGCAGAGAGAUAAUAAUCAUGAUAAGGUAGUUCGAAGAUCUACGGAUAGUAAUAAUUCAGAAAAGGAGACAUCUGUAGUGAAGUCGCCAAGUGAUUUACAAGAUUUUUAUGAGUUAGAUGAUAUUCAAUUUGCUGAUGAAGAAAGUGAAGCAGAACAACAUGGUAAAGUUUUAGCACCAACGGUGACGCAGACGACGAGGGUAAGUUACUUAAAAACUGUCGCUAUUGAUAAUCAAUCAAUUGCGUCAAGUACGGAACAGAUAGCAUUAUAG